AUGGCACGCCAUACUGGGGCCAUUUUUCAGCAAGAUAAUGCCAAGAUACAUACAGCUCGCAUAUCUCUGGACUAUCUCCCUGCGGUUUGUGAGAAACAUUUUGUCGAAUCAGAUAUUGAAAGAACAGUCGAACAUUUUGAUGAGAAAAAAGGAACUUCAAUAAAAAUUAAUUUAAUUCGUCCAAGGCUUCGAAAGGAUGCUGUACCUUCACAGCUGCCUGGCUGUCCAAAAUAUUUAUCAGGUAAAUCUUCAACAUCAAGAGAAAGUGCCGAUGAUAGAAGAGUUCGAAUUGAUAGAAACAAUAUACAGAGUGCUCUUGCUGCAAGCAUAACCAAAAAGCAAUGUCUUUUUUUUUCUUCCCCACCCCAGUUAAGUAUUGUUUAUCAACACCCAUGUAAUAAAAGUGAUCCUUUGUUUUUUAUCAUCGAUUCUGUUCAUAUCUUUAAAAGUAUAAGAAAUAACUGGUUGAAUCAAAAAAAUUGUGAACAAGCAUUUUAUUAUCCUGAUUUUGAUGAUUUUGAGAAAUUACCAUUAUCCACUGCCUCAUUUAAAUCACUAAAACAGCUUUAUGAAAUUGAGUCAAAUUCUUUAGUAAAAUAUGCAUAUGGAUUAUCCUUAAAAUCCCUCAACCCAUCAAACUUGGAGAGACAAAAUGUCAAACUUGUUAACAGUAUUUUUAACAAUUAUGUUAUUGUUGCUCUUUCUACCAUUGGCAAGGAGAAUAAUAUUUUAAAUUAUGCUAGUACUGCAAGUUUCAUAAAACUAAUUUAUAACUGGUGGAAUAUUGUCAAUGUUAAAACACCUUUGAAAGGUCAGAGGCUAAAUGAUCCAUUGCAAAUGCCAAUAUUGCCUAAUAAUUCUUUGAAUGAAAAGUUUUUAAAAAGAUUUCUGUUAUGGUUAGAUGUUUGGAAAGCUAAUGCUCCCACAACUGGGACCUUUACAAAAGAAACGCAUUUAGCUGUUUCUCACACCACACAUGGGUUAUUAGAAUUAUCUAAGUAUUGUUUUCAUGAGUUAGGAUUUAAAUAUUUUCUUGCAGGAAAGAUACAGACAGAUGCAUUAGAAGAGCGAUUUAGUAAAUAUCGCAUGCUUGCUGGAUCUCAGUACCUAAUAUCAGUAAGACAAAUUUUUGAAAGUGAAUCAAAAUUAAGAAUGCAAAAUUUUCAACCUUUAUCUCUGAGAUCAGUAGCACGUGGGAACAUUUUAAUCGACUGUAUUGGAGAAGACUGUGUUACAGAUGAUAACUCAAAUGUUUUAGACUUAUGCUCAGAGUUCAAUAUUAAUAUUUCUGAAAAUGAUUUUCAAAAUAUUCAAAAUGUGUUACCAGUCUUAACUUAUAUAUCCGGUUAUUGCUCAUAUAUGGCUGCAAAAACACUCAGAUGUAAUUCCUGCUUUAAAUUAAUUGUCCUUGACAAAAAUCUAAAAUUAAGUGCAAAUUAUAAUUUUAUACGAAAUUUAGACAGAAAUGAAUUACUCUUCCCCUCAACAGAUGUUGUUACUGCAGUAACUUAUAAUUAUGUCGUAAUACAAAAAUUAUUAAGCGAAGAAAAUGAAAAAAAGUUUUUGAAGCAAAAUAAUCAAAGAAAUGUUGUUAUUGAAUUAUCGUCUACUAUUAUUGAUGAAUGUGAUUUUUUCUUAGUCGAUGAAACUUGUGAUAAUGGCCAUUCCAAUGACACUUUAUUAAAUAUAAUUUUAAGAACAUCUACAAAUUGUUUUUUAAAAAAUUAUUGUACUAAAAAAAAUGAUCACAUGCCUGUAACAAAAAAGCGAAAACUGCAAACUGUGAGUCUUAAUGCUAAUUAAAUUUUCCAUAAAAAACCAUUUUCUUUGUUAAUGGCUUUUUUUAAAUGAGUAUAUAUUAUUGCAAAUAUCAGUUAUGAAUUCAUUCUAUAUUACAUGUACAUAAAGUGCAUUUAUUAUUCAUUGCUCUGAGAAGCUGCAGUGCAUUAAAUAAAAUAUUAUUAAAAUUUUG